CAAGCUGGAGCAGCCAUGACCCGCUGGAUGACCCUCCAGGCCUCUAGGCCAUGCAAACCCACCCCCUGGGAUGUGGCGGCCUCUUGCCGGCGCCUGAGUGCACCGACCCUGGCCACCUGCCCCCCGAUGACCCCAGAAUCUGGAGCUGAACUAUGUUCCCAGAACAGCCCCAAGGCUCCCCAAUCCAGCCAGCUCUCUGCCUCCUGGCCCAGGCGGAAGCAGCAUCCCCCAUUACAGCAUCGGGUCUCAGCUUCUCAGACCCAUGGAGCCUCCCUGCCCGGAGCCAGCUUGGGGCCAGGUCAGGGCCCCCUGACCCCCGGGAUGACUGCUGCCAGUCGGGCCAACCCCUACAGCAUCGUGUCAUCAGAGGAGGACGGGCUGCACUUGGUCACCAUGUCGGGUGCCAAUGGCUUUGGCAAUGGCAAGGUGCACACUAGGCGCCGGUGCCGCAACCGCUUCGUCAAGAAGAACGGUCAGUGCAACAUCGAGUUCGCGAACAUGGACGAGAAGUCGCAGCGCUACCUGGCCGACAUGUUCACCACUUGCGUGGACAUCCGCUGGCGCUACAUGUUGCUCAUCUUUUCUCUGGCCUUCCUUGCCUCCUGGCUGCUGUUUGGUGUCAUUUUCUGGGUCAUUGCUGUGGCCCAUGGUGACCUGGAGCCGGCCGAGAAUCGUGGCCGCACCCCCUGUGUGAUGCAGGUCCAUGGGUUCAUGGCAGCCUUUCUCUUCUCCAUUGAAACGCAGACCACCAUCGGCUACGGGCUGCGCUGUGUGACCGAGGAGUGUCCAGUGGCUGUCUUCAUGGUGGUGGCUCAGUCCAUCGUGGGCUGCAUCAUCGACUCCUUCAUGAUUGGUGCCAUCAUGGCCAAGAUGGCACGGCCCAAAAAGCGGGCGCAGACUCUGCUGUUCAGCCACAACGCCGUGGUGGCACUGCGUGAUGGCAAGCUCUGCCUCAUGUGGCGCGUGGGUAACCUGCGCAAGAGCCACAUCGUGGAGGCCCACGUCCGGGCCCAGCUCAUCAAGCCCCGGGUCACGGAGGAGGGCGAGUACAUCCCGCUGGAUCAGAUAGACAUUGAUGUGGGCUUUGACAAGGGCCUGGACCGCAUCUUCCUGGUGUCGCCCAUCACCAUCCUGCAUGAGAUUGAUGAGGCCAGCCCACUGUUCGGCAUCAGCCGACAGGACUUGGAGACAGAUGACUUUGAGAUCGUGGUGAUCCUGGAGGGCAUGGUAGAGGCCACAGCAAUGACCACACAGGCCCGCAGCUCCUACCUGGCCAACGAGAUCCUAUGGGGCCACCGUUUUGAGCCAGUGCUCUUUGAAGAGAAGAAUCAGUACAAGAUCGAUUACUCACACUUCCACAAGACCUACGAGGUGCCCUCCACGCCUCGCUGCAGCGCCAAGGACCUGGUGGAGAACAAGUUUCUCUUGCCCAGCGCCAACUCCUUCUGCUAUGAGAACGAGCUGGCCUUCCUGAGCCGUGAUGAGGAGGAUGAGGUGGAAGGAGACCAAGAUGGUUGCAGUCGGGAUGGCCUCAGUCCCCAGCCUCGGCAUGACUUUGACAGGCUGCAGGCUGGUGGCGCUGCCCUUGAGCAGAGGCCCUACAGACGAGAGUCAGAGAUCUGAGCUGCUGGUGGCGAAAUGCAGGGUUCACCCACCAGGGAGUGGCCCAGUGUCCUUUGGGGCCCUGGGUUUGAGCAGAGUGGGCCAGGUGGCCUGGGUUGCAGACUCAGUAGUGUUUUAGUCGUUUUAUGUUCUUCGCAAUAGCCUUGGAAAGUUGGUGGGAGAGUGGGUGGCCAGAGUGGGCAGCCCAUGGUCUCAGAAGCCAAGGCGGCACAGGUCAGGGAAGUGGCCUCCUGGGAAUCCAGCCAUAGGAGCCAGGAGCUUCUGCCUGGAGAAGGAGCUGCAGCCUGCACAGUCACCCUGCGGUGGCCCACCUCUGCGGUUAUAGGCUGGCAGGCUGCAGGCACCUCCAUGAUUUUUAACUUGGGGAGAAACACCAGAUUUCAGCUUUUUCAACCUUAGCUUGGGUAAGACUGUUUACAAAAAAAUAAUAAUAAUAACAUGCAAUUGAAAAAAACUAUUUUUAAUUCAUGGGGUUGUGGGGGAAGGACAAUAAGAAUUCCACUGGUCUGCCGCAGUGCAAGUGGCUAGAUGGAUGGGUAUACUAGAAGGUUCCCUGAGGCUGGACUGACCUCUCCCCCAUGUGUGCUAGGGUCCCCACAGUUCAUCAUGCUUAGGGGUGAAUUAGGUUCUGUUUGUCACAGAAGAGCCAAGACCAUGUUGAUGAUCCUAAUAAAAGCUUUCAGAUGCUCUUGGGGUGGGGCUGGGGAAGAAACUGGUUUGCUCUUUUUGAGUUUGAUGCUGUACCUCAGAGGUGGUCUCAGGUCUCAGGGCUGGGUGGGACCUGCCCUUGAGGGUCUCCCUGCCUCCAUGCCCAUGUUUGGCCUCUCUCUUCACUUCUGCCAGGGUCUGCACCCUUCAGAUGAGGGGCAACUAGGAACCAUGGGCGGCUCCUUGGAAAGGGGGAGGGGACGCCGGGUUCCCUCAGACGGAGGAAGGGAGUCAGCUUUCCCCCUGGGCCCACAGUGGGAGUUGUGCCUUAAGAGACUUCAGGUUGUCUGACUUGAGUUGUUUCUGUUUUUAUUGGACUUGCUGCACCCUUCCCAACCCUCUCCAUCUGCCCUGGGAAGGUGCCAGAGACUGGGCCCCUGGCGCGUGGCCACCCCUGCCUGCCCUCUCCCCUACAUACCUCAAGCAAUACAGGGUAGCCCAGAGAGUCCCAGCCAUUUUGGGGUCUGUUGCCAAAGGGCAGAGGAAAGAAUGUGGGGACAUAGAGGAGUUGUCUUCUCCCACCCCCAUUAUUUAGGAUCAUAUUUAUUCAAAGGUGAAUUGAAAAAGUGGCCAUGGAACAAAGAAUUCCUGUUCAGGCUUCAGGGACCUGGGAUGAGCUCCUUCCUCUUCCCUCCAUGUUUUCCUGAGGACAGGGGCCACAGAGAGUCCAGGAGUGGCAAUCACUUCCCUGCAAGAUGCAGUGUUAGGGCCCGGAGAUACCUCAGGCCUCUUGCCCUGGGACAGGCCUCACUCCAGGGGCCCUGACUGAGAAGAGGUGUGAGGCCCCUUGUCAUGACCAAAUUGACUCUGCCUUGUUCUUCCAGCUUGUGGGGCCAGGCCAGGGAGCAGCCCAGCCUUUCUCGGGGCUGCUGGGGAAACCUGUCUUCCCUGGUUAGCCCCUCAGGAAGGUAGCAAUGGGAAAGCCUGUGUUUCCUGGCUGCCAUCCCAGCCUGCUUUAACCCAAGCCCCCAUGCUCAGGACAAGAAGGCACCAGGGACUUUAUGGCCCAAGUUGGGAAACUGAGGCUGAGAGUGGCAAAGGGGAUAUACAAGGUCACACAGUGAGUGGGCAGAGAGAGUCUGGGUCCUGGGGAGGGGCUCCUGCCUCUUAGAUAGUCCUCCCUGAAGGUCAGGGCCAUGGGCAUUUUAGACACAGGCUACCAUUUCUCUGAAAACAUACCUAGGACAGAGCCCAGAGACAGCUUAGCCUCUCACCCUGAGCUAGGCCACACUCCAGGCACCCUGCCCUAGCAUCAGACCCAGCCUGAAAUUUUGGCCUAGAUGAUCUAGCUCUGGACAGCAAUUUCCUCUCAGGAUCUGCCAGAGGGACCUCAGCUCUUCUGGGCUCCUGGCUCUGACCCCUGGCUCUAAAGUCUGAUGGGCUUUUUUAGCCUUAGCCUUGGUGCUCUGGAAAUCAAAUUGGCAUGGGGGUGCUUAGUUCUCACCCAUCCAGCCUAGACUUCCAGCUGAGGGACAGGGUUGGCCCCAGUCUUGGGACUAGGUGGUGGCCUGUGCCCUGCUCUGCCCUUCCAGGCCUGCAUGGGCAAGUCUUCUACUUUCUUAAGAUCCAGGGGGCCCAGGUCCCUGUCACUUCAGUGGCCUGGUAUAUUUGCCUCUCCGGCCUGUCCUCCCAUGCCCACAACCACCAGAAUGACUCAACCCUUUGGAGGGGAGGCCGAGCUGCCCUUCAUCUCUCGCGUUUUCAAAUCCAUCUGUCCUCUUUUUUUCUUUCCCUGUAUUUAUUUAUUUAUUUAUUGCUUGUGCUAAAGACCAAAAUAGUUCCCCGUUUAGUGCACUUGAUGCGUGAGGACAGCUAUGAGGAGCCUUGAGUGCAUGCAGGAGUGAGGGAGACUUGACCCCUGGGGUGAGUGUGGGGAGGGGAGGGGUGUACACACACGUGUGCAUAUGUGUGAGUAUGCACACACAACUCCCCACAUAGGUGACAUUGAAUUGAUGAUGUGGAUACUUGAUAUGUUCAGAUGUAUGUGUCUACACACUGGGUGCAUGUGUGCAUGCGUGUGUGUGUGUAUGUGUGUGUGUGUGUGUAUGUGUGUGCAUGCGUGUGCUUAUUUCCUCCUGCGGGCCUGGUUUAACACUUACCAGGUCAGGGCUGGGUUCACACUGGUCAGAUUGGACACUGACCUCAGAGUUUGGUGCUGCCUAACCUGAGAGCUCCCAGUCCUCUCCCUGAUCGUCCCAUCAGUGCUGGUGUGAGGCAUCGGAGGUGAGCGUCUGUACCUGGACCAUGUGUUGGAGGCCAUGGGAUGUCUGUCUAUGUGGACACAAGUAUAUGCGCGCAUGUGUGUGUGUGUGUGUGUGGUCUUGGGGUAUGUGUGAAUGCGUCAGUGGGGCAGUGUAUCUGUGCUGCUCAGAGCACGGACGGCUGUCCUCCAACCUCUGCUGGUGCUGUGCCACCCAGUCCCUGUUCACCCAAGGGGCCUGGGAGUGGGACAGAAGGAACCACCUUGGGGGGCCCCUGUGUGGGGUGUCUGCCCUGUGUGAGGUCAUAGAAUGUCAAAUCUAUUUUAAAUGGUGAAAUUGGAGAAUUUUCAUGUUAUUUUCAAUACAUAGCGGUAUCUAAAGAUGUAGCGAUGAGACUAGACCACAUUAAAUGCGUUUUGAUCUCUUUGA